AGUGUUUGAGUGAUGACUUGAACAUUCUUUAGAGUUAGCUAGUCAACAGGUAGGAAAUAGGCCUACAAUGCAAGCAUCGACAUUGUAUUUUGUUGCAGAAGGUGAGAGGCCUCUGAAACGGAAAGUUAUCAAUAAUCGAAUCAAGUCUGCUGAAAUAUCAUUGUAUGUAGGACCUGAUAAACAUGGCCAUCCCACAAAAUGGCUGACGUCUUUAGACAGACAUAGCAGCCUCAGAAACCUUUUCAUGUCAAGUCAUGAAAUGGUAAGGUCAUCAUGCAAUAGAAACCAUUCUUACCCCUUUCCAUGCAGUUAGAUCAACAGCUCGCCAUAGUCUUUGAUCUUUUACAAGGCGUCUCCAUCUCUUACACACCCUGCAAAUACACCACAUGAAUGACAUGACAAAGAUAAGUGUUUUUUAAGCUAACGUUAGCUAGCUAGCUAACUAUCUUGAAUAUUUAUAUUGAACACAGACGUCAGCUAGCUAACUUGUUUUACCUUCCGGUUCUGAUGAGCUCACGCACACCUAAAUAUGAUAAAAUAUCAAUUAAAAUGUUCUCUGGGAAAUAAUCGAGAGUAGAAGUUCUGCAAUCUGCCAUUUUGUAAACAAAAAGUACCGUCGAGUACACGGACAAAAUACACCGACGUACCAAAGUUGCAUUCAAUUAAUGAACCCCGUAGAAACGGUUGCUAAAGCGACAACAUUCCUACACGUUCUUAAAAACUCCAUGUGCGAAAUGAACACCUUUUAUGUGAGAGUAACGUUACCAGAUAUAUAUAAAAAGGGGAAAUAAUAAAUAAGCGUAACAACUUCAGAAUUUCCAAAACACGCAUCACCAAAACUGCUGUGUAAAUGCAGCAAACAAACACCGCCCCUUAGCAUUUGAGAAAAAACGCAUUGUUCUACUGCGCUUGCGCAGCUGUCAGUCGGACAAGAUGGCGACGAGCAAUGGUGGUGGAAUGGAAGUGGAUGGGGCAGGUAAUAAUAUCCAUAAGCACAAUGGAUUUAUCUGAUUAUGACAAGGUUGUAUAUAUAUUGUGUUGGUGCUAACUAUACUCUUUUGUCGAUGGUGUUAGCUCAUGUUUAGCUUGCCAUUAUUUCGCCUUUGCGUUCUCUAACGUUACUUCAGCGAGGCUAGCUAACUUUAGUUAGCGUAGCUAGCUAGCUAACGUGGCUGUACAGUAUUUGUGUGUACUGUAUACCGGUAUUAUUAGUAGUGAUGGGGGGGAAAAAUCGAUACAGUUACAUAUCGGGAUAUUAUUUUGGAGGAUAUAUCGUAUGUUUUGACAAUAUUGGAAUAUAAUUUUUGCGCUAGUUUGCAGUACCUGCACCAAAACAGGUACCAAAAAAAGGUAAAAGGUUAUUCUGCUGUCCCCAUAGGAGAAACCCUUUUUGGUUCCAGGUAGAACCCUUUUUGGUUCCAGGUAGAACCCUUUUUGGUUUCAGGUAGAACCCUUUUUGGGAUCUAUGUAGGGCCCUCUGUGGAAAGGGUUUUACCUUGCACCAAAAAUGGGUUUUACCUUGAACCAAAAGGUUUUACUUAGAACCAAAAGGGUUUUUACCUGGAACCAAAAGCAGUCUACCUGGAACCGAUAAGGGUUCUUCAAAAGGUUAACUUAUGGGGACAGCCAAAGAACCCUUUUAAGUUCUUGAUUUCACCUUUUUACUAAGAGUGUAGCUUGUUUUCCAUCUUUUUAAAUAGGGUGACCAUUUGUUUUCAGAAAUUGUAUUUAUCAUGGCUCUCUCUUGUCCCUCUGCAGCAGACAUACUGUAUGGUCAGCAAUAUGUUUGGAUCGUGAGAAUCGCAAUACAUAUCGUAUCGUGAUAAUAUUUUUUCGUGAGGUAUCUGGCCAUUCCCAGCCCUAAUUAUUAACUCUGCAAUUUCAAAACAAUUUUAGUUAAUAUUUGAUUGUUAGCUAACUAUCUAGGUAAUAGUUGACCUCAACUGUCACACAUUGAUUGGUCCGUCCAUAGUAGUUAGCUAACUAAACAUCGGCAAUGUAAACAAAUAAUGUUAGCUUAUCAAUUGCUAGCUAGUUAGCUAACUAUUUUGCUUUCUUAGCUAGCUUAAUUACAGCGCAGUAAUUGGUCCUCCACACCUAGCUAGUAGUUAGUUUCAGCUGUUAUUAGCUAGCUUCAUGAUCACAUCUUUUAACAUGUCAAUUGGAAAAGCAUUGCUGAUAAAUCAAAGCUCUGCUGAGCUCACUUCAACUGCACACUGAUAUUGUAACAUCCAUCUAAAGAAAACAACAAUAUUCAAGACAAGAACACAGAUGCUUUGUUUGCUCAAAAGCAAGUGGUCGUGCUUAGGCCAUGUUUGGCUGCGAUGACCAACAGUAAAGGAAACCCACCCUCUUUCUGUUUGUCCCACAGCCAGCCCCAGUGUUAUGGCCUCUGGGGUCACCGGGAGUGUCUCUGUUGCCCUGCAUCCUCUAGUCAUCCUCAACAUCUCAGACCACUGGAUUCGCAUCCGCUCCCAGGAGGGGCGGCCCAUGCAGGGUAUGUGAGCUGAUAAGUUUUCAAGUAUACCAAUAGUUCUAUACAGUCUUGCAUUUGGCAUGGAAUAAUGGACAAUGGGAUGGGGAUGAGAGAGAUUGAAAUUGGUUCAGUAUAUUGUUGAAAUACUUUGGAAAAAAGUUAAGACGAUAGUUAAAAAUAUAAACGCAACAUGCCACAAUUUCAAAGAUUUUACUGAGUUAAAGUUCAUAUAAGAAAAUCAGUCAAUUGAAAUUAAUUAAUUAGGCCCUAAUCUAUGGAUUUCACAUGACUGGGAAUACAGAUAUGCAUCUGUUAGUCACAGAUACCAAAAAAAAAUAGUAGGGGCGUGGAUCAGGAAACCAGUCUGCAUCUGGUGUGACCACCAUUUGCCUCAUGCAGUGCGACACAUCUCCUUCACAUAGAGUUGAUCAGGCUGUUGAUUGUGGCCUGUGGAAUGUUGUCCCACUCCUCUUCAAUGGCUGUGCAAAGUUGAUGGAUAUUGGCGGGAACUGGAAUACGCUGUCGUACACGUCGAUCCAGAGCAUCCUGAACAUGCUCAAUGGGUGACGUCUGGUGAGUAUGCAGGCCAUGGAAGAACUGGGACAUCUUCAGCUUCCAGGAAUUGUGUACAGAUCUUUGCGACAUGGGGCUGUGCAUUAUCAUGCUGAAACAUGAGGUGAUGGCGGCGGAUGAAUGGCACGACAAUGGGCCUCAGGAUCUCGUCACGGUAUCUCUUGUGCAUUCAAAAUGCAAUUUUGUUAGUUGUCGGUAGCUUAUGCCUGCCCAUACCAUAACCCCGCCGCCACCAUGGCGCACUCUGUUCACAACAUUGACGUCAGCAAACCGCUCUCCCACACGAGGAUCUGCCCGGUACAGUUGAAACCAGGAUUCAUCCGUGAAGCGCACACUUCUCCAGUGUGCCAGUGGCCAUCGAAGGUGAACAUUUUCCCACUGAAGUCGGUUACGACGCCGAACUGCAGUCAGGUGAAGACCCUGCUGAGUAUGACGAGCACGCAUAUUAGUUUCUCAAAGACAGUUUUUGACAGUUUGUGCAGAAAUUCUUCAGUUGUGCAACCCAACAGUUUCCUUAGCUGUCCGGGUGGCUGGUCUCAGACAAUCCCACAGGUGAAGAAUACGGAUGUGGAGGACCUGGGCUGGCGGGGUUACACGUGGUCUGUGGUUGUGAGGCCGGUUGGACGUACUGCCAAAUUCUCUAAAAACAACUUAUGGGAGAGAAAUGAGCAUUACAUUAUCUGGCAAUAGCUCUGGUGGACAUUCCUGCAGUCAGCAUGCCAAUUGCACGCUCCCUCAAAACAUGGGACAUCUGUGGCAUUGUGUUGUUUGACAACUGCAUAUUUUCGUGGCCUUUUAUUGUCCUCAGCACAAGGUGCACCUUUGUAAUGAUCAUGCUGUUUAAUCUGCUUCCUGAUAUGCCACACCUGUCAGAUGGAUGGAUUAUCUUGGGAAUGAGAAAUGCUCACUAACAGGAAAGUCAACAAAUGUGUGCACAUUUUUUUUGAGAAAUAAGCUUUUUGUGGGUAUGGAACAUUUCGGAGAUCUUUUAUUUCAGCUCAUGAAUCAUGGGACCAACACUCUACAUGUUGCGUUUUUAUAUUUUUGUUCAGUGUAGUUAAGAAACUGCAAGAGAACAAACACAUCAACAGUGGGAAGGGAAUCUUACAUGGGAGAGGUUACAGAAGUGCUGCUACAAUUACCAUAUAACCGAGUAACCGACGGUUAUGGAUGAAGAUGGUUAUUUAAAUACCCCUUUUGUUGUGUGGGACGAACAGAUCACUGAAGAUGGGACCACCGGGCAUUUGUGCAUUCAGGUCCGUUUCGGCUGUAACAUGACUCUUAACAACGCGAUGAAGCUUCUUUGCUCCUUGCUGAAACGAGCACCAUUCUAUUCCUUCUAUUUCUAUGGCAGCACAUGCAGUCAGGAGGAGAGGAGAAAAUGUGUCCAAAAAAACUGCUCCUAUUCUAACAGUUAUUACGGAGACCGCAGUCAUUUGGCUGGCCAAUUACCAUUAUCCAAAAUUCCAUGGCCGUCACAGCCCUAGGUUACAGUUAAUGAAAGUUUCAAUGGCCUUUGCUAUAGCCUAUAUGUGUAUCCAUUCCAAUCAGCUGUCUUAUGUUGCAUUUCAUCUUUUCCUUCUCACCCAGUGAUUGGCGCCCUGAUCGGGAAGCAGGAGGGUAGAAACAUUGAGGUGAUGAACUCCUUUGAGCUGCUUCAUCAAUUGGUAGAUGACCGAGCACACAUUGACAAGGAGUACUACUACACCAAGGAGGAGCAAUGUGAGUCUCGUCAUAAAUCCACUGUGUGUGUGUUCAUUUCACUAACCUACCUUGCAAAGAAAAGGUCAGAUGGCAUUUACUCCCCUUGAUUACUGAUGGUGGUGAAAGUGCAAUAUGAAAAGUGAUGAUGAUGAUGUAUGUUGUGCUGUGCCGUGUCAUGGUUUCCACACCAUCUCUGAAGCGAAAAAUGUCAUAGUAGGCUUGUGCUUGAAGCCCUUGGUGUGAUAAGUGGAACUAAACCUCAUUAGGAGUUCUGGUCUAUGAUAAGUUUUGCCUUUUUAGAUCACAAUUAAUAAGAUGACCUUAGUAGGGGACCUGAUCCCAGAUCAGCGUUCCUACUCUGCUUGAUUCAUAUGGCACCUGACCUCUUGACCUGUCUCUCAGUCAAACAGGUUUUCAAGGACAUGGAAUUCCUCGGCUGGUAUACCACAGGUGGUCCUUGUGACCAAUCAGACAUCCACAUUCACAAGCAGGUAGGCAGAGCAAAGGGGACUACAUUUACUUUUCCAUGAGGUUGGGCAUGUUCCAUUUGGGAGAAAUUAGAGGCAUGAUAAAAUUAACUUUUACUCUAAUUGGUCAGUGAAUUGUUGUGAUUUGAAAGAUCAUAUGUAAAUGUCAGUUGAGGUUGUUUGGCCAACAGUAUGCGGUUUCCUUAUUGGCCUUUCUUCUCUCUUCACUUCAGGUGUGUGAGAUCAUUGAGAGUCCUCUCUUCCUCAAGCUCAACCCAAUGACCAAACACACAGAUGUGAGUUUCUCAUUUGGAAUUGUUUAUAUUUAAUAAUAAAAAUUUAUUAAACUUCUAUAGCGCUUUUCAUAACAUAAAACAAUUCUAAAGCAAAAAAACAAACAAGCAAUACAUCAUGAGUAGCCUAGCUAUAGCUAGCUAGGUCAACCAAUAGAGGCUAAGGGAGAAUCUCAAUUGCACUCCCUUGACUCCUCGCCCCCAAAACCCACUGGAUAUACAGUAUGUUUUUUUGCAUUGAAUGGUUCUCAAUCCACCACAUCCACCUAUGUAACACUUCCGCGUUUGCAGUGAAAGGUGACAGAGCUAGAGCAGUGUUUGUCAGACCAUGAGACAUCCCGAAAAUCGGUCUUCUCACAAAAUCAUAUGUAGCGUGCUAACGGUUUGGCCUACAAACUAUUAUGACCCCUCUAUGGAAAGAUGAGACUCACGAACACGAUGUUCUCCGUUUUGCUCUAUGACCCUUAAAAGCGUCUUGGGACUCGUCUGAAGUCGGUACCAGCCGAUCUGCUAACUUCUGUCUGUAGCGUUUGAACAGUUUGGGCUACACACUAUUAUGACCCCUCUAGGACACCCACAGGCCUCACAAGACUUGUCUGAAGGUCCCUUGGUACCAGUUGAAAACAUUUAUGAAAGUAUAUGGAGACUGUUUAGUGACAAAAAUAAGGGGUUAAAUACAAAAAAGGUUUCCUGAUCUUUCCUAUAUCUCUCAGAAAUAGGAUAGGCACUUCAGAACCAACUUCCUUUAGAUUUUUUGGGGGGGACUAUCUGUUGUUCCAUAUAUUGAAUCUGUUAUUCAAUAUGUUUGUAUGGGCUAAUAGCAGUAAGGCCAAAUAAACAUUUUCAUCAAACAAUUUUUUUAUAAAAAUGUUUUACUUUAAGGGGUCUUAAAAUUCAAAAUCAAAUAGCAAAAUUAUCCUUGGUAUGAUCAUAUAGCUUAGUAGAACCCCCCCCCCCCUCCCUCCCCUGGCUUAGACAGGGCUUAGACUCUUAUGGGUUAAUGUAGAAAACAAUAUUCUUAAAGCUGGAAUCUUAAUGGUGAAACUGUCGGUUUGGGAUAUUACAACAAAAAAGUUACUGCAAAAAACAAACACUGUUUUUUUCCCUCUGACAACAUUGCAUGCGUGAUAGAGCAGCAGAAUAUGUACUGUAUUUUUUUUUUUACACACUGCUCGAUGCACCUCACCUCCAUUCUGUCCACAAAACCAAUAACAAAGGUGCUGGGGCGGACAGUGGCACUGUUUCCCCUAAUACGGAAUCCAUCUUUAAAUGAAAUUGUUACUUACUUUGAUGUAAGACAGUUACUUGACUGUGAUAUAGUACAUAUGGUAAUUCAAACAUAUGUCCUGUCUCUCCCAGCUCCCUGUCAAUGUGUACGAGUCUGUCAUCGACAUCAUCAACGGAGAGGUAACUCAAGCUCUCCCACCACACACACACACAUCACUGUGAUUAGUACGAGUGGCUGAUUUGUAAGCUUGGCUGUCCUAUCUUGCCCAAUCCCAGGCGACCAUGUUGUUUGCUGAGCUGGGGUACACUCUGGCCACAGAAGAGGCGGAACGAAUCGGAGUGGACCACGUGGCUCGCAUGACAGCCACAGGCACGGGGGAGAAUUCAACAGGUAACUAUAGUUACGGCUGCCUAUACCCCCCCGUCUACAAGGUCCACCAUCUUAAAACGCAUCCCCAGCUAACUAUCUGCCACUCAUAAACACUUUCUCCCUGUUAUCUGUGUCUCUUCUGUUCAGUGGCAGAACAUCUCAUAGCCCAACACAGUGCAAUUAAGAUGCUACACAGCAGGGUUAAAGUCAUCCUGGAAUACGUCAAAGCAGUGGAAGCAGGUGAGAGAACCGCUGUCUCUGUGUGAUGAGGGAUGAAAGACAGAUAGAAUGAAUAUUCAAGUGAGUCUGGAAAGAAUAUGCUUUUAUUACCUUCCCUUUCUUUCCAGCCCUUUCUUUAAAAAACCCAAUAUGGUCUCUCAGCAUCCUUCGGAAAGUAUUCAGAUCCCUUGACUUUUUCCACAUUUUGUUACGCUACAGCCUUAUUCUAAAAUGGAUUUAAUAAACAAAAAAAUCCUAAGCAAUCUACACACAAUACCACAUAAUGACAAAGCGAAAACAGGUUUAGAAUUUUUAGCAAAUGUAUUACAAAUAAAAAACAGAUACCAUAUUUACAUACAGUGCUAUGAAAAAGUAUUUGCCCCCUUUCUAAUUUUCUUUACUUUUGCAUAUUUGUGAUACUGAAUGUUAUCAGAUCUUCAACCAAAACCUGAUAUUAGAUAAAGGGAACAUAAGUGAACAAAUAACACAACAAUUACAUAUUUAUUUCAUAAACAAAGUUAUGCAACACCCAAUUCCCCUGUGUGAAAAAGUAAUUGCCCCCUUACACUCAAUAACUGGUUGUGCCACCUUUAGCUGCAAUGACUCCAACCAAAUGCUUCCUGUAGUUGUUGAUCAGUCUCUCACGUCGCUGUGGAGGAAUUUUGGCCCACUCUUCCAUGCAGAACUGCUUUAACUCAGUGACAUUUGGGUUUUCAAGCAAGAACUGUCCUGCCACAACAUCUCAAUUGGGAUUAGGUCUGGACUUUGACUAGGCCAUUCCAAAACUUCCAAUUUGUUGCUUUUUAGCUAUUUUCAUGUAGACUUGAUUGUGUGUUUUGGAUCAUUGUCUUGCUGCAUGACCCAGCUGCACUUCAGCUUCGGCUCACAGACGGAUGGUUUGACAUUCUCCUGUAGAAUUCUCUGAUACAGAGCAGAAUUAAUGGUUCCUUCUAUUAAGGCAAGUCGUCCAGGUCCUGAGGCAGCAAAGCAUCCCCAAACCAUCACACCACCACCACCAUGCUUGACCUUUGGUAUGAUGUUCUUACUGUGGAAUGCAGUGUUUGGUUUUCGCCAGGCAUAAUGGGACCCAUCUCGUCCAAAAAGUUGACUCAAGUUUGCCAAAAAGCACCUGGAUGAUCAUCAAGACUCUUAGAAGAACGUUCUAUGGACAGAUGAUUCAAAAGUAUAACUUUUUGGACGACAUGGUUCCAGUAAUGCCUGGCGAAAACCAAACUCUGCAUUCCACAGUAAGAACAUCAUACCAAAGGUCAAGCAUGGUGGUGGUGGUGUGAUGGUUUGGGGUCCAGACCUAAUCCCAAUUGAGAUGUUGUGGCAGGACUUGAAACGAGCAGUUCAUGCUUGAAAACCCACACGUCACUGAGUCAGGGUUCUUGGUCAGGGAGGUGACCAAGAACUCAAGAGCUCUAGAGUUCCUCUGUUGAGAUGGGAGAACCUUCCAGAAGGACAACCAUCUCUGCAGUACUCCACCAAUCAGGCCUUUAUGGUAGUGUGGCCAGACGGAAGCCACUCCUCAGUAAAAGGCACAUGACAGCCUGCUUGGAGUUUCCCAAAAGGCACCUAAAGACUCUCAGACCAUGAGAAACAAGAUUAUCUGGUCUGAUGAAACCAAGAUUGAACUCUUUGGCCUGAAUGCCAAGCGUCACGUCUGGAGAAAACCUGGCACCAUCCCUACGGUGAAGCACGGUGGUGGUGGCAGCAUCAUGCUGUGGGGAUGAUUUUCAGCGGCAGGGACUGGGAGACUAGUCAGUAUCGAGGCAAAGAUGAACGGAGCAAAGUACAGAGAGAUCCUUGAUGAAAACCUGCUCCAGAGCGCUCAGGACCUCAGACUGGGGCGAAGGUUCACCUUCCAACAGGACAACGACACUAAGCACACAGCCAAGACAACGCAGGAGUGGCUUCGGGACAAGUCUCUGAGAGGCCCAGCCAGAGCCCAGACUUGAACCCGAUCAAACAUCUCUGGAGAGACCUGAAAAUAGUUGUGCAGCAACACUCCCCAUCCAAGCUGACAGAGCUUGAGAGGAUCUGCAGAGAGGAAUGGGAGAAACUCCCCAAAUACAGGUGUGCCAAGCUUGUAGCGUCAUACCGAAGAAGACUCGAGGCUGUAAUCGCUGCCAAAGGUGCUUCAACAAAGUACUUGAGUAAAGGGUCUGAAUACUUAUGUAAAUGUAAUAUUUCCGUUUUUUUAUUUUUAACAAAUUUGCAAAAAUGUAUAACCUGUUUUUGCUUUGUCAUUAUGGGGUAUGUGUGUAGAAUGAUGAGGGAAAAUAACAAUUUGAUGAAUUUUAGAAUAAGUCUGUAACGUAACAAAAUGUGGAAAAAGUCAAUGGGUGUGAAUACUUUCCGAAUGCACUGUAUAUCCCAACAACUUUCUUAUCUGUGUAUAUUUCUUCCCUCAUGCUCUCUUUUGUUAACACACUCUCCCCUUCUGAUUUGGUACGACCCAGGAGAGGUGCCAUUUAACCACGAGAUCCUCAGAGAAGCCAACGCCUUGUGCCAUAGACUGCCUGUUCUCAGCACCAUCAAAUUCAAGACUGACUUCUACGAUGUAAGUUGUCCCCACUUAGGCACUUGGCAAAACUCAGCUCCUGGUGUGAACAUAGGUGUGCUUUUGUUUUUAGAUUAUAGCCUUAGUAAUGUGAUAGUCUGCAAAGUUGUCAGGUUAAAGAACAUACAUUUUUGUGAAUUAAUAUAAGUUUGUCGAAUAUCCUCCUUUAAAUCACUCAAUAAGGGUAGUUUAAUUAUUUGAGCAAGCUUAGACGGGUUGGAUUGGCAAAGUACUGUAAAAGCAUAUGAAUCACCUUCUUUCUAUCCUCAGCAAUGCAAUGAUGUGGGCCUCAUGGCUUACCUAGGUACCAUCACUAAGACCUGCAACAGCAUGAACCAGUUCAUCAACAAGUUCAACGUCUUGUACGAUAGACAGGGCAUCGGCCGGAGGAUGAGAGGACUGUUCUUUUGAGCGACACAGAGAGAGAGUACGUGAAAGAAGAGAUGAAGAGGUCACAAGCACUGCAAAUUUUCAUUUGCUUGUCUGUAUUUUAUGUUAACAGUUGUGACACACACUUGGAUACCAGUGAGCGUUCAGUUCUAAUCCAACCAGUUUACUGCUUUCAAAGGUAGCAAAUGCUAGAAGUGUCUCAAAGGCCACUUGUCUAUACCAUAAAAUCACACACAGAAACAGGAAGAAAACUCAUUCUCACUCACAGUUUAAGAUUUGUGAGUAUGCACAUUAACAAAUCCAUGUACACGAACAGAAAUAAAAAUUUUCCUUUUGCUUUGUUUUGUUCCAUGUUUCUGUAAGUAAUAAAUAAUCUGUCUGAUUUUUCGUG